AUGGCGACCCAAAUACCCGUCGAUCCAACUCUUACCUCGGCCAACACACUUAAGCUUGAAAAUACACACAAUCGAGACGUGCUGAUCGCGAUCGAAAAGAAGUACCAAAAAGAAUGGCAGAAGAACAAAAUCUUCGAAUCGGAUGCGCCUACAACGACCGAGAUCCCCUUUGACUCAGUCCCCGCCGCGGAGAUUCGAGAAAAAUACCCCAAGUACUUUGGCACCUUCGCAUACCCGUACAUGAAUGGUGCUCUGCAUGCUGGACACAGUUUUACAGUCAGCAAGGUGGAGUUCACCGCGGGCUUCAACCGCUUGACCGGAAAGCGGGUGCUGUUCCCAUUGGGGUUUCAUUGUACGGGCAUGCCAAUCAAAGCAUGUGCAGACAAACUCGUCGAAGAUGUGAAGAAGUUCGGACAAAAUUUUGAGAGAUUUCAUGGAGAGGAGGACGCGGCAGCACCAGAAUCCAACGGAGCUGCCGUUGCGCCCACACAAGGAGUUAAUGUGAAGGACGAUCUCACCAAGUUCAAGAGCAAGAAGGGCAAGCAGGCCGCGAAGACGGUCAAAGCUAACUACCAAUUCCAGACGAUGCUGGCUAUGGGAAUACCCAGGGAAGAAAUCCACAAGUUCGCAGACGCCAAUUACUGGCUCGAAUACUUCCCGCCAAUAUGUCAACAAGAUCUGAUCGAUUUUGGAGCAAGGAUAGAUUGGAGGAGGAAGUUUGUCACAACCGACGCGAAUCCGUACUACGACGCCUUUGUGCGAUGGCAGAUGAAUCGCUUGCACGAGCUCAACAAGAUCCUGUAUGGAAAGAGAUAUACGAUCUACAGUCCUAAGGACGGCCAACCGUGUAUGGACCACGACCGGACCAAAGGUGAGGGUGUAGGUCCAACUGAGUACACAGCUCUAAAAUUGAAGGUCAAGGAGUGGUCACCCGGAGCAGCAAAGGCGGUGGAGUCUAAGAUCCCCCAGGACGCCAGUGUCUAUUUCGUGCCUGCGACCUUGAGACCGGAGACUAUGUACGGUCAAGUAUGCUGUUUCGUUGGACCGAAGAUCAAUUACGGCAUCUUCAAGGUCUCAGAGAAGGAAUAUUACGUGGUCACUAAGAGAGCGGCCUGGAAUAUGGCUUUUCAAGGUACUUUCUUUGAAGAGGAGCAUUUCCCCCGUGAUCAAAAGGAGUUGGAGCCUAUUGUGGAAUUGCCUGGAUCUGCCUUCGUGGGUACUCUGGUCAAUGCGCCUCUAUCGGUACACAAAGAAGGUGUUCGAAUAUUACCUAUGGAGACGGUAUCUGCAACAAAGGGCACUGGUGUUGUCACUUCAGUUCCGUCUGACAGUCCGGAUGAUUUUGCCACGGUCAGAGAAUUGGCUAAAAAGGCGGAGUUUUAUGGCAUCCAAAAAGAAUGGGCUGAGCUGGAAAUCAUACCUAUUAUUGAUACACCAGCCUAUGGUAAUCUUGCGGCGAAGUACCUGGUCGAGACGAAGAAGAUUCAAUCGCCGAAGGACACCACUUUAUUGGCUGAAGCAAAGGACCUGGCGUACAAGGAAGGUUUCUACAACGGCACGAUGUUGGUCGGAGAAUUCAAGGGCGAGAAGGUCACCGAUGCCAAAGAGAAAGUCCGAAAUUCCUUGAUCGCAUCUGGCGAAGCGUUCCCUUUUGCCGAUCCUUCAGCCGAAGUCAUCAGUCGAAGUGGGGAUGAAUGUGUGGUCGCGGAUAUCCCACAGUGGUUCCUGAAUUACGGCGAGAACGACAAAGAGUGGCAACAAACAGUAUUGGACUAUGUAAAGGACAAGAAUGGUCUUGAAACCUACACCCACGAGACCGAAAACCAGUUCGUCGCAAACCUCGAGUGGUUGAACCAAUGGGCAUGCGCAAGGACGUAUGGUCUGGGCUCUAAACUCCCGUGGGAUCCCUCGUUUUUGGUGGAAAGUCUGAGCGACAGCACUAUCUAUAUGUCAUACUAUACGGUCGCUCACUUCUUGCACGGAGACAAAUUCGGAAAGACGCCCGGGCUAUUGAACAUCAAGGCAGAACAAAUGACGGAUGAUGUCUGGGAUUACAUCUUCACGCGGACGAACGACGUCAAGAAGGUCUCGGAAUCGACAAAGAUAUCGGUGGCGGACCUGCAAACCAUGCGACGGUCUUUUGAGUAUUGGUAUCCUCUCGACCUGAGAUCCUCCGGAAAGGAUCUGAUCCCCAAUCAUCUUACAUUCUUCCUCUACAUCCAUCUCGCCCUGUUCCCCCGCGAAUAUUGGCCUAGAUCUGUCCGCUCGAACGGCCACCUCUUGCUCAACGGGGAGAAAAUGAGCAAAUCCACCGGAAACUUUUUGACCUUGAGUCAAGCAGUGAAGAAGUUUGGAGCCGACGCUACACGAAUAGCUCUUGCUGACGCAGGCGACGGCAUGGAAGACGCGAAUUUCGAAGAGAAAGGCGCCAACGCCGCUAUCAUGCGGAUGUACGUUCUCAAGGAGUGGAUCGAGGAUACGUUGAAGGACGAAGGACUCCGCAAGACGCAAGGGGAGGUCAUUUGGGACCAGCUUUUCGAGGACGAAAUGAACUUGUUGGUGCAUGAAGCGUACCAUCACUACUCCGACACAAACUACAAACUCGCCCUCAAAUCCGCUCUCUACGACUUCCAAUCCGCCCGCGACUUCUACCGCGAAGCCUGUCUCUCUAGUGGCAUACCUCUCUCGCGGCCCCUCAUCCUCCGCUACGUCGAAUUGCAAUGCCUCCUGAUCUCCACCAUCGCCCCUCAUUGGGCCGAGUACAUUUGGCUCGAGGUUCUGCACAAAGACCAAUCCAUCCAACUUGCCCACUGGCCCACCGACGUCCCCGACGCAGACCCUUCAUUAACCGCCGCGAGAGAAUAUGUGAAGACGACAUCCAGCAACAUCACGAGCGCAGAAGCGCAGGCCGCCAAGCGAAUGGCAAAGGGCAAGGCCGUGGUAUUCGACCCCCGCAAACCCAAGCAUAUAACGAUCUUCGUGGCGUCGCGAUUUCCCGAGUGGCAGGAUAAAUAUGUCGACCUGGUCCGCUCCAUGCUGGAGGAAGCAACCUUGGACGACGACAAGGCUCUGAACGCGUCCGUCGCAAAGGUCGGCAAGGGGCCGGAAAUGAAGAAAGCUAUGCCCUUCGUCCAGGGGCUCAAGAAGAGACUCGUGGUUAACAAGGAGAGUCCGGCGGCCGUGUUCGAGCGGAAAUUGCCUUUUGACGAGGUGCACGUCUUGACCGAGAUGAGGAAGGGCUUGAUGAAGAGCAGCGGCUGCAAGGACGUCAAGGUUGUCAGCGUCACGGACGAGAACAGGCAGAGUCUCCCGCACACGGCCGAGUCGGCUGUGCCGGGCCAGCCCACCUUCUUGUUCGAGAACGUCGAGUGA